CGUCCCCCGUUUGCUUACUGCCAGUACACUGUGUUGGUAUAUUAUGAAACGCCUAUAGUGCGCUAUAACGUAGUUACUGUAAGCAUAAAAUGCAGUACGAAGCGCUUUGGUUUAGCUCAAUAAGUUACACUAUAUAAAAUAAGAAGCAGCGCGAAACCGUUUUUUAAGGUAACAUCAUUGAGUAACAUUGCAUAACGAAAACCUCUCGGACAUUCGAAACUAAAUAUCCUUUGAGCUGGCACUUACCCAGAACCCACACUCACUCUUCUUGCAGACCCAGAAUACGACGCGUGUUUUUACCUGAACAGAGGAUACUUUAACGACAUUCUGUGUAUAAAGACACUCGUUUCACGAUUUAAAAAGACUCUUUCGAAUUUUUGUUGAGUUAAAAAUGUCCCAAUCCAGAUUUGAUCCCUACGUCCAAAAUGGAGGUACAAUUGUUGGCAUUGCUGGUGAAGACUUCUCCAUUAUUGCCGGUGAUACGCGUAAUGUCAACGGUUACAACAUCAAUACCCGUUUUUCGCCUCGUGUUCACGAGGUUGGCGACAAAUUGAUUCUUGGUGCUACAGGAUUUGAAGCUGACGCGUUGACUUUGGUAAAACGUAUUCGUCAGCGGAUAGAUUUAUACCAUGACAACCACAAGCGUAUCAUGUCUCCUUCUUCUUGUUCCAGAAUGGUGCAAACCAUGCUUUAUGGCAAACGUUUCUUUCCCUAUUAUGUCUACACUUUGGUUGCAGGUUUGGAUGAAAAAGGUGUCGGCGCUCUCUAUUCUUUCGAUCCUGUUGGUUCGUACGAGCGUGAAUGGUGCCGUGCCGCUGGUUCUGCGGCUAAUUUUAUGCUCUCUUUCUUGGACAACCAAGUUAACCUUCACAACCAAUAUGUGCCCACUUCUAAUGGCACGGAAAAGAUGCCUCAUCGUCUUUUGACUUUGACGCAAGCUGUGAACCUUCUUCAAGAUUGUUUUCAUGCUUAA